CAGAAUCCCAUCACCCAAAGGGUUCCUUUUUUCGGCUUCUUCUCUGAACCGUUUCUAACCAUAUUUUCUCAUCGGAGGAAAACCAUCAGUCGGAGGAGACAGAAUGUUGAGGCAGACAAAAUCCUUGGUUGCUCUACUUUUGAUCGUACAAGUUUUUGGAGCAAUUUUGAACGCUGUAGAGGCCAAGCCUUUUCGAAUUCUUUUGGAUACAGAUGUGGCUACUGAUGAUUUCUUCGCUCUUUUUUACCUCUUGAAGCUCAACAGAUCUGAAUUUGAACUGGAGGCAAUCACAAUCAACACAAAUAUAUGGUCUGAUGCAGGGCAUGCUGUCAACCAUAUAUAUGACUUGCUUUACAUGAUGAACCGCGACGACAUAGCCGUCGGAGUUGGUGGCGAAGGUGGGAUCCUUGAAGAUGGCACCAUAUUGCCAAAUGUUGGCGGAUAUCUUCCAAUAAUUGAACAGGGGAUGACUACAGCUGGGUAUUGUAGAUAUAGGCAAACAAUUCCUGCAGGCUAUGGAGGACGAUUAGAUAUGGACACCAACUUUGGCCUUCGAAAAGCCUUUCUUCCACAGGGAAGCAGGAAAUAUUCACCUCUUCAACAGCCUGCUGCUCAACAAGUGAUGAUCGAAACAAUAUCUGCAGGUCCAAUUACGGUGUUCCUAAUCGGAGCUCACACAAAUCUUGCCGUUUUUCUAAUGAAUAAUCCUCAUCUUAAGAAGAAUAUUGAGCACAUAUAUGUAAUGGGUGGUGGGGUUAGGUCUGAAGAUCCGAGCAGUUGCUGUUUUGGAAAUUCUAGCUCGUCUUGCCAGCCAGACACUUGUGGUUAUCCUGGUAAUCUGUACACUGACUACAACAGUAAUCCUUAUGCGGAGUUCAAUAUCUUUGGUGAUCCCUUUGCUGCUUAUCAGGUGCUUCAUUCUGGUAUUCCAAUCACCAUUGUUCCCUUGGAUGCAACAAAUACCAUCCCCAUAACUGAGGAGUUUUUUAAGGCAUUUGAGGCGAGCCAAGGAACUUAUGAGGCAGAGUAUUGCUUCCAGUCAUUGAAAACAAAAAUAGCUCCUGAAUCUGCUGAUAAAUUUGACACGUAUAGUUCCUUCAUGUGGGACUCCUUCAUGGCUGGUGUAGCAGUCUCAAUCAUGCGUAAUUCAGACACGAAAAAUGGGGAGAACAAAUUUGCAGAAAUGGAAUACAUGAACAUUACUGUCGUUACUUCGAAUAAACCUUACGGAAUGUCCGAUGGUUCCAAUCCAUUCUUUGAUAACCUUAAAGUUCCAAAGUUCAAACUGAAGAAAGAUGGAGUGCAUAGCGGUCAUGUUCAGACAGGACUUCGAGAUCCAUUUUGUUUUGUAGAGAAUGGAAAAGGGAAAUGUGAGGAUGGCUACACGAUGGAGAUGACCGAUCCCGAUGCAGUUCAGGUUCUUAUUGCUACGAAGGCAAAACCUAAUCCGGAUGUUGACUGCAAACUUGAUCGACAAUUUUUCAUAAAUUUUUUGGAUGUUCUAAACAGACCGGAAAAUACUGGGAGGUUCAAUCUUAUGACGGAAUUUCCUUAUUACAGGGAAGUUUUUUACAAACCAGAUUUGGAAAACAAAAAACUUGGCAAACCUGUUGUUUUCGAUAUGGAUAUGAGUGCUGGAGACUUUCUGUCUCUAUUUUAUCUCCUCAAAGUGCCUGUGGAAAUUCUCAACCUCAAGGCAAUAUUAGUAAGCCCAACUGGAUGGGCUAAUGCUGCAACGAUAGACAUCAUCUAUGAUUUACUGCACAUGAUGGGCCGGGAUGACAUUCCUGUUGGCCUUGGAGAUGUAUUUGCUAUGACUCAGUCGGACAAAGUUUUCCCUCCAGUUGGAGAUUGCAAGUAUGCUAAGGCUAUCCCACAUGGAAGUGGAGGAUUUCUUGAUUCGGAUACUCUUUACGGAUUAGCUCGAGACUUACCACGAAGUCCUCGAAGAUAUACAGCAGAAAACUCGGUCAAAUUACCAAGACAGCCUUCGGCACUGGAAAUUUGGACUUCGAUACUGAAAUCCAUGGAUUCUGGAUCAAAGAUUAACAUAUUGACAAAUGGACCUUUGACUACUUUAGCCAACAUUAUAACUCAAACAAAAACUGCUUCACUAAUUCAGAAUGUGUAUAUUGUUGGAGGACAUAUCAGCCAAAGUUGUGAUGAUAAAGGGAAUGUUUUCACCAUUCCUUCAAACAAGUAUACUGAAUUCAAUAUGUUUCUCGAUCCAUUUGCGGCAAAGACGGUCUUCAAAUCGGGAUUAAACAUCACCCUCAUUCCGCUCGGAACUCAGCGUAAAGUUGGUCAGAUUCCAGAGAUCUUAAAGAGGCUGAAGCUGUCAAGGAAGACUUCUGAAGCUCGGUUUGUGAAGCGUCUACUGUCCAGAUUCUACAAUUUGCAGCAAACUCAUCACCUAUAUCACCAUACGGAAAUAUUCUUGGGUGAAAUCCUUGGUGCAAUAUUCAUGGCCGAAGAUCAUCACAAUCUGAAACCCACCAUCGAAGAAAUGCCAAUCAAAGUGAUUGCUGAAGGUGUUGAAUCAGUCGAUGGACAGAUUCUGAUCGACGAAAAGCAAGGGAAAAUAGUAAAAAUAUUGAAAAACGUCGACACUACAUCUUAUUACGAUCUGUUUGCAGAUAAAUUGGGUGAUCAGAACCAGUCUGCUGUAUUAGGAAGCUAUGAUGAACAGAGAAAAAUGUGGAAUACACUUCCAAAUCAGACUGAAGCCCUCAUUCCGAACUGGGUUUCUAAUUCCUAGAAAACAGACUCAGUUUUCAUGAACAUGAUGCCUAUAUCCUUCUCAACAGAUUAAUACUUGAGAGCCGACGAAGUGACAGUUCCAACAAAGCAGAUGUGUAAAAAGCCAUGCAACAUUAUAACUCAAACAUAAACAGUUUCUCUAAUUCA